AUGAAGUUCCUUCCGCUCAGUGAGUUUGAGGACGUGACAAGUGCGCUCAACUUUGACACGGAAGACUGCCACGUAGUUGGGGGAUGUGAUCUAUAUACAACAAAAGCUGCUGGAGGGGAUAAGAAGCUGUACAAGAAUAUCGAAAACUCUCUCGAAUCUCAAUAUGAAUCACUCUUGCGGCUCUCGGCGUCGCUUUCGCCUCCCAACGCUUCGCAUGCGGCUCAAUCACUGAACUUGUCCCGUUCAAGUCCUUUUGGCCCAUUGAGUGAACACUCAAGUCGACGGACAUUCGCAUACCUCAUCGCGACACUCAAUGCCAGUCAUCCAGAUUACGACUUCUCGCAUCUCCUCCGUCCAUCAGAUUUUCGCCGCGAAAGAAGCCUGAAGCGGGUGAUGAAUACCAUCGAUACCACAUUGUUCAACCUUCGGCCACGCUUGGAGAGAGACGUUACCCCUCCAUUACAUGCCACCUCCUCUGGCUCUCAUCCAACUGUUACAGCCCACUCAUGGGGACCUCGCAUGUGGAAAAUAAUAGAUGAUCAAAUGUUUUUGAAGGAGAAACGCGUUUGCUAUAUCUAUCUUCGUGGAAUCAGUAUCCUCAGCGGCCCAGCAGAUGGGACCACGACCCCAUCAUUGGCUGGGAAACGGUACGACGACGAUGGAUUUUCAACGCCUGACUACGGUGCACGGAAGCGUGCACGAUACUGGCUAGGCGAUCGUGCGUCACUCAGAAUCAGCGAUUCAAGUAGCGAUGAGAAUGAAUCAUCCGCGGCAACCGCAAGGCCGAGCCGACCCAUUGUUGACGAAUAUGAUAAUUAUCUUCUUAGUGACGAAGACACCCGCUCAAGGUCUCGCAGCAAGAGCUCGGUUCGUGCAAUGAGCGAAGAAAUCGCCGAUGCCAUGGAGGUUUAA